GGUGAUUUCGGCCCCGGUGUUGCCUCUGGGUCUGAGCUCUGUCCCGACGGCCAGCGUGAUCAGUCCCUUCGUGACCCCCGUCCCUUCCGCUGGACCGAGGGUAACGUUCCCACCGAGCAUGGCUCAGUUCAUGAAUGACCCAGCCAACCUACAAGCCAUCCAGGGCUUUGGCCAGGUCAUGGCCAUGUGCCAACAGAACGGGGGGAUGCCUUUCCUCCCUGGUAUGUUCCCAUUCGCCCUUCCAGGCGCGGGGACGAUGCCUCUACAAGCUCCGAUGGCAGUGACGUCGUUCCAAACGCCGAUGCCGCAACCAUCACCUUUCCAGCCCCAGCUGGUCAGCACCAUGGCCCCGGUCAACUUGGUCGGUGCACUUAAUGCUGCAGGGCCGUCGCGUCCCCCGCAAGCUACGGAUCCACAUGUCACUCCUGAUGGUCAUUGCGUCUCGAUUGAGAGCGAUGACGGCGAGUGGGACAUCCCGAGGGCCCACAAGAAGAAGAAAGGUAAAAACAUCCGGCCAGCGACCUCCCGAAACUCCGCCUUCGAAAGGCUGGGGGAUAGGGAGGAAGGCCAGAGGAAGUCGGCCAAGCAGAGGCUGGGGCAGAGUGUUGCCCAUGUCAGCGCAUUCGCCCGGCUAGGCGAGGUGCGGGAGGCCGAGCCUGCCCGCACCCGGCGCUCCCGGUCUAACCGGCGGGAGCCAGCGAGGACGAGGGCCUCCCACCAGGAAGGGGAGGCAGAGAGCCAGCCCAGGUUACCGGUGGCGAACCGGUUAACCAUCCCAAACGACCGCGUCCAGCAAAUGGAGGCAAAGCUGGAAAGGUUGGCAAAGAAGGUCGGGGAGAAGAAUGACCGGGACAAACCCCUGGCAGGGUCCCCGUUCACCACAAGGGUCCAUCUGACACCUUUCCCGCGAAAGGUCAAGAUCGACGCCCCCAGAUUCACCGGGAAGGAAGAUCCGGAGAUCCACCUGGACUCCUUCAACCAGAGUGCGACCAUGAACGAGGUAGACAAGGUGGAAGAGAUGGAUGACAAGACCGUCCUCUCCCUCCUCUUGAAUGGCUUGCGUGCUGGGGAACUAUACAAGGAGUUCUGCCGGAAACCCCCAGCCACAUACCAAGAGGCCUACCAUACUGCAUGGGAGUUUGCUGAAGCUGAAACCCAGCUCCGGGCAAAGAGAGAAGCUGAGCAUGGUCACAAGCCCAAGCCGAUGCAGGUCAAGAAGGAAGAAGCACCGGGACCUAGCCGGCCGAGGCACCACUAUGACCCGGUCAUCCGAGUGGUCAAUACAGAAGAAUGCCAAGAAGUCCGGAAAGCACCGGUCAUUCCUCCAGAAAACCCUACCGGUCAAGUAGGGCGGCAGUGGUCGAGCACCUAUUGUUCGUACCACAGGUCUGAUUCCCAUAACACCUCCGAAUGCAAGAGUGUUAAAGGGGUCAUCCGGCAGAUGAUCGACAGUGGAGAGCUGGGCAAAGAUUACUUGCAGAAAGCCCAGGAGAAGAGUCAUCAAUGGGUUAGGCCAACUGCCCCAGGGAAUGACCGGGACAACGACCGACGGAGGAAUAACCGGCCAAGGGAGCGGCAACCUGCCCCGGAAAAAGAACACAUCGGCAUGAUCUUUGGCGGACCCGAGGGUGGAGAUUCAGCCGCGGAGCGGAAGAACUGGGUCCGGAGCAUUUACGUGGGAGAAGUGAGUGCUGAACCGCCCAGGCGUAAACAUACUAGGAGGGAGCCAAUCGUCUUUACUGACCGGGAUCUCCCUCCUACCGGUGAAGAUCACAAUGAUCCAUUGGUCAUCACCAUGGACAUUAAUGGGGUAGAUGUCGCACGGACCCCUCUCUCAGGCUUCACAGGGGAUACCGUUGAAGCUGAAGGAUCCAUAGUUCUACCGGUCGAACUAGGAUCAGGUGAAAAGACCGUGUGGAAGAAGAUGCGGUUCAUAGUUGUGGACAUCAAAUGCGUCCACAACGCAAUUCUAGGAAGGCCAGGCAUCAAUAAAGUCGGGGCGGUGAUUUCCAUGCCUCAUCUAUGCAUGAAGUUCCACACUCCAGGUGGUGUGGGUGAGGUGAAGGGCGACCAGAGGAACGCCCGGGAGUGCUAUGCCCGGGCAGUCAAGAAAAUGUCCAGGGGGGUCAAUGUCAUCUCCCAAGAGAUCACAAAAGGAGAGACCCGGGAGAAACUGGAGCCCGAGGCUGAAACGGUGGAAAUCGAACUUCACCCGGGUGAUUCUUCGAGGAUGGUCAGAAUUGGAGCAAAUCUCCCCGAGGAUCUCAAGGAGCAGAUUACACGGGUCCUCCAAGAGUACGCGGGCAUAUUCGCAUGGAGCGUGGCGGAUAUGCCCGGGAUAGAUCGCUCUGUUAUCUGCCACCGGUUGGCCGUGAGGGAAGGAAGUCGACCGAAACGGCUGGGAGAAGCAGGAAGCAAGUGGCUGGAAGAGCUCCCACACAUCGUAUGGGCAUUCCGAGUAACACCCAGGAGGGCUCACGGGGAAACUCCAUUCUCCCUAACCUAUGGAUGUGAAGCAAGGCUGCCCAUCGAAGCUGAAUUCCCCACGUUUCGGGAGUCAAACUAUCAACCCUAGCAGAAUGAGGAAGAUCACUUGGCCGAACUCAACUUGGUCGAAGAGCGGAGAAUGGCCGCGGAAGUCAAAAUGAGCACAUACCAACAAGUUGUGAAGAAGUACCAUGAUUACAAGGUUGGGCCGCGGUACUUCCAAGUUGGGGAUGAAGUCCUACGAAGAAGGGAAGCAAGCAGACCCGGCGACGGAGGAAAGCUAGCAAAAAAUUGGGAAGGCCCAU